AUGUCCGACCCCGACAAGACAUUAACGCGCCGGGUAGACCUUGCGUUCGACUAUACACUCAUCGAUGAUGAGGCCCUUGCCAAUCAUUACCAGCCGCGCGCAGACUAUGAAGGUCGCCAUCGCUGGGAUCCUAAAGCGUCAUGGACUGCCGAGGAAGAGAAGAAACUUGUUCGAAAGAUUGACUUGCGCAUUAUGCUAUUCGUCUGUCUGAUGUUCUUUGCUCUACAACUCGACCGCGGCAAUAUUUCGCAAGCGCUAUCGGACAAUAUGCUCAAGGAUCUCCACUUGACAACAAACGAUUUCAACUACGGUCAAACUAUCUUUUUCCUCUCAUUUCUUUCCGCUGAGCUUCCGUCCCAACUUGUUUCAAAAAAGCUCGGACCUGACAAUUGGAUUCCCAUUCAAAUGGUUUUGUGGUCCGCCGUGGCAAUCAGCCAAGCGUGGCUGACUGGCCGUACAACGUUUUUUAUCACUCGGGCAUUGCUGGGAAUCUUGGAAGGCGGCUUCAUCCCGGAUGUUGUUCUGUAUCUCACGUACUUCUACAAGAGCAACGAAUUGCCUAUUCGUCUCAGCUGGUUCUGGACUGCGUACACAUUAACCAAUGUCGUGUCGGCAUUCAUGGCUUUCGGAAUCCUUCAUCUUCGUGGUGUGAAUGGCUGGGAAGGAUGGCGGUGGCUCUUCUCGCUCGAAGGAGCACUAACCGUUAUCCUCGGAAUUGUUGCUUUCUUUUACCUUCCGCCAUCUCCGACUCAAACCGCCAGCAAGUUCCGAGGUAAAGAUGGAUGGUUCAGCGAACGCGAGGAAGUCAUUAUGGUCACCAGAAUUCUGCGGGACGACCCAUCCAAAGGCGACAUGCAUAACCGUCAACCUCUUACUCCCCGCAAAUUAUUUAAGGCCCUCACCGACUGGGAUAUGCUCCCUAUUUAUAUCAUUGGCCUGACUUGGUUGAUUCCUUCGGCUCCUCCGACUCAGUAUCUGACUCUUACACUACGAUCCCUGGGCUUUGACACGUUUCAAACAAGUCUUCUUACCAUUCCGUCGUCCAUCCUGUUCAUUGGCCAGCUUCUAUUCUGGACAUGGAUCAGCGAGCGGUACAACGAGAAAUCUUUGCUGGGAGUGAUAGGCCAAGUUUGGCUCAUUGUUCUGUUAGUAUCGUUAACGCUACUUCCGGACGAGGCAAACCCUUGGGUUCGUUUCACGAUCCUUUCCCUUAUUAUCGGGUUCCCGUACGUCCAUGCCAUUUUUGUCGCCUGGACAUCACGUAAUGCCGGGUCCGUUCGAACACGUACUGUGGCUUCUGCACUGUAUAACAUGACAGUCCAAGCUUCAAACAUCAUCGCCUCAAACAUCUACCGUGAUGACGACAAGCCGCAUUAUAGGCGAGGAAACAAGAUACUUAUCGGCAUUGCCGUUAUGAACAUUUUCAUUUUCCUCGCCACAAAGGUGUACUACAUCCAGCGGAAUAGGUACAGGGAACGAAAGUGGAGUGCGAUGUCGAAGGAGGACAAGAAGCAUUAUCUACAGACAACGACAGACGAAGGAAAUAAGAGAUUAGACUUUAGGUUUGCUCAUUAA